CUUGCGUUGGCUUGCCUCAGUUUCUGGCCAUGGCCAUGUUGGCUUCCUCGCCGUCGGCAAAAGUUUGCCCUACGGCCGUCUUGGGCGUAGUGGAUCCGCGCCCCGGUUCCCCGUUGGGUCCGAUGAUCGCGUGGAGAAUGAACACGGUUUUGGCGGCGGUAGGUUUGUCGGUGCUUCGCAUGCCAAAGGGCACGCGGAAGGCGCGAACCUCUCGCGCGGCGGCCGAUGUGAAAGCAAGGCCCGUGGCGUUUUCUUGGGAUCCGGUGGCCCUGGGUGGUGAGAUGACUUUGCCCAGCCUCCACCUGCGCCCCGUCUCCGCGGACGCGGAGGUGGGCCUCUUCAAGCAGCGCCGCGCCGCGGAGCGGAGCUUCGGGCGCAUCACUAUGCGGAUGGCCUGCCUCGCCAGUUUCCGGCCGGAUCCCGUGGCGGAACUUCGGCCGGACCCAGCGGAUGGGCGCCUGGUGCUGGUGGCCAUGCUGGGACUCCUUCGUCACGAGCAGUUCGAGAGCUCAACGCUCGACUGGCUGACGAUACUUCAGGAUCCCUGAGGUUCCGCACUGGGCGGCUGGCGGUUCCGAGUCUGCAUUGAGUUUCUUCGGUUCUGCGGUUCCACCGCUCGCGCAUCGAGCGCGCAUCGGGCGCAUCGGGCGCAUGGGGCGGAAGUUUUGCACACUGCUCAAGGCAGGUUGUGAAGAUUCAGAUCAAGCUUGGCAGUCAGAGGCGAAGACAAAAAUGCCCACGUGGGCAUUUCUGGGGCCUGAAGAGGGUUCUAGCUUUCACCUAAACCCGCCUCCCCCCAAAAUCAGGCCGUACGUCAGG